CUUCUUCUCCUCUCUCUCUCUCUCUCUCUCUCUCUCUCUCUCUCUCUCUCUCUCUCCUCACCCACUUCAUAAAGACCUGCAAUAUUACCCCCCUCCCACUCCUCUCAUCCCACCUCUUUUUUUCUGAUCUCUCUCCAGUUGUUGAAACUGAUAAUGGCAAAACCAUUGUAAUUUUGUAAAUAGAUCAGAGGAAAAAGAAACCAUUCUUCUCUAAUAGCUGGGUGUUUUUCUUGGGGAUAAUGGAGUUGAAAGCAGCAGAUGUAGCGGAAGUUCAACAAAUACAGCAACAUUUCCAUGUGUUGGCUGUCGAUGAUAGCCUUAUAGACAGAAAACUUUUGGAAAAGCUCCUAAGAAUUUCUUCAUGCGAAGCAGUGACCUGCGUGGAGUCUGGAGACAAAGCUCUUAGAUACCUGGGUCUGCUUGAUGACCUUGACAAAUUUUCUUCCUCUGCUGCUUCAUUUUCUUCCCCACAACUCUCCCACCAACAGGAAGUCAAAGUCAACUUAAUCAUGACAGACUACUGUAUGCCUGGGAUGACUGGUUAUGAUCUACUCAAACGACUCAAGGGAUCUUCUUGGAAAGAUAUUCCUGUUGUUGUCAUGUCAUCGGAGAAUGAACCUUCAAGAAUCCACAUGUGCUUGGAAGAAGGAGCAGAGGAAUUCCUUUUGAAGCCUCUUCAACUAUCAGACGUGAAGAAGCUCGAGCCUCACCUUCAGAGGUCCCUCAGCCGUUCAUCUACUGAAAUAAAGGAAGAAGAAACCGUCGAAAUCGGAAUCACUAAUUCCGACGCCAUUGACGACGAAAACAGCACGAAAGAAGAAAAUAACAAAAACGACAAUAACAAUACCUUCAGCAAGAGAAAAGCCGCGAAUCCAGAGCCAUCUGAAAGACGACCAAAACUGAAAGAACUGCAAGCUGCAGUAUAAGAAAAAUGGUGCAAAGGCAUCCGCCAUUGGCACAGAAUACAGAUACGAUUUCGUCGAACACCUUCGCUGCGAUAAUAUUCUCGAGUUUCUGCGGCAUUAUACGGAGAAGUUUCCAGGUCGUAAAGAGGAAAUUGGAGAUGUAAAAUGGUUUGUAUACCGUCGUCGUCCUUGAUAAUGUCUGGUUUGUGGAUCGAGAUUGAAGAAUCUCCUGCAAUGGGACGUUUUCGAGGGAAAUCAAUCUAGGGUUUACAACUCGGAUUAAAAUAUCAAAUGAAGUUUCCUUUUUGUCUUU